AAUGAAGAACUCGCCGUCGUCUCGCUAGCGAAGAUCGUCCGCUCUUGGAACGCGCGGCUGUCCCGGCUGUCACCUCGGAAGCGAAAAGUCCUGCGACGACAUCUCCGUGAAGAGUGACUCAAGUGCACAAGCCUGUUUAAAUGACUGUAUGACCUCCCGUGUCUUCUCAUGAAGAUUGUUCGUAGUCUACCGUCGAAGAUUCUAGCACCCCUUAGAAGAUUAAGUAAAACUUGUAACGUGUACACCCCAAACCACACAGCGAACCUUAUGCACACCCGAAGAUCAUCGCACGAAAAACAUGGCUAUAAAUACAAUAUAUGAUCCGCGCGAUUCGACUCUUACAGACUGGAUCGCAGAUCGUUAAUAGAGUUGUAGACGCAGGUAAAAUUUCGUGCCUAGAUCAAAACAAUAAAUAAGUAAAUAAUACGAGGUCAUUUGUUGCCUCCAUGUUUCCCAAUCGCUUUAAAACGAGUUCUUCCAGAAACAUUUUUUUAACUUUUGUAACGUUUUGUAAUAUUUAUUAUCAAUAUUUCUUGAAAUCUGUAGUUGUAAUCAAAAUGCAUUUAAAGUCUUUAUUAUUAUUGCGACACAUAUGCCAUUCUUAAUUUUCUUCUCGGCGCCGUCCUAUGCCGGGAACUCCAUACUGUCACCACGUAUUGUGAUAACAAGUCCAAAUUCUCGGAAUUCCUUCGAAACUCGUCGAUAUCGCCUAUGGCUGCGAUUGAUCUCACCACCAACUUCAAAACCGGCUGCCAUCAUCUGCCGCCAGCCUCUACGCCUAUGUCUUUAGAGCAUGCAGAGCCUGAGGCGCCUGCAGUGCCUGCAGUGCCUGUAGCAUCUGUAAUGCCUGUAACGUUUGGAACGCAGAACUCGUGCAUCUGGAGAUCGCAGACACGCAAGAUGUACAUGUGCCCUGAUUGCGGCAAGGGUCUCUCCCACAGAUACACCCUGGAUCGCCAUCGCAAGACCGUCUGUGGCAAGGUUCGCAACAUCAAUGGCAAGUGGAAGUGUAAUUUUUGCGGCAGGAGAUACGAAUCCCAGGGGAGCCUGUCGCGUCAUUAUAGAUUCGAGUGCCGUGUGGACCCCCAAUUUCGCUGCAUUUUCUGCGAGAGCAAGUUCACCCAGCAGUGCAGCUUGAGCAGGCAUCUGAAGAAAAAGCAUACCGAAAAAGGUAGCAUUGAUUCCGGGUUUGGUUCCGAGAAAUCGAUGUGCAUAUCGAAGUAGACCAACAACACACUGCUUUGUAAUAAACAACAAUCCGCGCGAAGCGCAGGAGGAUCGCGCGAGCAGGUUACGUGGCGCCGGAAAUGGCGCUGCUAAAUUUAUUCUUGCCAAGAAAUCCGUCGAUUGAAAGAAUGUGAGACGACUGGGUGUAAUUAGACACAAGAAGCAUCAGUAGUUAUUGUUGCUUUGGAAAGUUUUUUUCUUAUUGAAAAACAAUUCUCAAAUGAAAUGAAAGUGAGAGCUCAAUUAUCGUUUAAAAAAUAUAUUGGGUAAACGAGAUUGGGUGAAAAAGUGCUACUUCAGAGUAAGCAAAUAGUUCCUUGAGAAAAAAGUAAAGAAAAUGAGCUUUAAAUCGAUUAGGAAUUGAAUUUUUUCGCUAUUUGAGAAAAAAGUGAUAUCUCGGGACAAUUUUAGUGUACGAAAAGGUUCCUCGUGAAGAAAGUUUUGUUAUGAUAAGCGUCCCAUGUCGUUAUUAAUAAGGUUUUCUCAAAUUAUCGCGUUCGGAUGAUCACGAGCGUACUAGGUUUUAAGGAAAGCCGAUAAGAUUCGCUUUUAAACUUUUAGAAAUAUCCUUUUCGUUAGGAACAAGAGUUCAGACAUCAUUUCAAACGGUAAAGUACGAGUCCUUUGAAAAUUUUUCCUUGGUCAAAAAGUAAUUUAGAUUUCUUCUUCUAAAUUUCUCUGUAUGAAGAAUUGGGUUUUUGUGUGUGACUAGAUAUUUUAUGAUAACAAAACUUUGGUAUCAAUCUUUUAAAAUUGAUCCUUUUAAUGAAUAAAAGUUAUAAAAUAAGUAAAAGUAAAAGAAAUUAUGAA